AUGUCCAUUCGAUAUCGACCAACCCUUCUCCGCCGCGAUUCCGUCUCAAGUCGCUGGACUCAAUCGACAGAAAAGCCAAAGGAAGUCGCACAUGAAGUGCCGCCACCACCACCAAGUAAAAUCCCUCUACCAUCCGGCUCGACUCUCCAGUCGGCUGGGCAAGCGGCCGCCCAGCUCGCGGCUCUAAGGCGGCGAUUUCCAGACCUUUCUAAGGACGAAAUUUCGGAACUCAUCGAUCAGUUUACUGCAAUUCCGUCAUCCAAGGUCGGAUGGAUCACGCAAAGCACAGCAUUCAACGCUGCUCAAGCAAAGGAGAACGUUAGCUACAAUCGCGCGCGCGACGCAAUGAAAUCUAUAUUACCAGACGCUACGGACAAGGUGGGACUCGAAGAGUGGAUCGAGUUUAUGAGUCAUCUUCGCUCGGAGCAACCAGAGAAAAUGACGCCGGGCUCACGAAGUGGUACCUUCAAGAUGCGCGGCUCGCACAACGAGAUUCAGCACUCGCUCGACGAAGACGAGAGAGUCGGCAUCAUUGAAUACAUCAACACUGCACUUGCCUCGGAUCCAGAUGUGGGCUCCAGACUCCCGCUCCCGACGGACACGAUGCAAAUCUUCGACGAGUGCAAAGAUGGUCUCAUCAUCUGCAAGCUCAUCGACCAUAUUUUCCCUGGUACCAUCGACAGCGUCAUGGGUGUCAGGAGACGUCGUGGGACGACCUAUAUCAAUCUUCCGUCAAACAACCACGCUCUGAACAAGUUUCAGAUUGCCGAAAACAACAACAUUGCGAUUCUCGCAGCCGAAGCUAUUGGCGUGAAUGUCGUCAAUAUGAGCGCGCAGGACAUCGCAGAGGGGCGAGAGCAUUUGAUCCUUUCCCUCGUGGGACAGAUUAUUCGUCAAGGCACCUCGGACAAGCCGCGACCGAUGCCACCCAAACAAUCAUAUCGACCCGUCACGCCCAACAAUGGCAUGGUCCGACGCGCCUCUUUGUCCGCGCCAGUGCGCCCGCGUUCGCGACAGGCGACGAGCCCGCCUCCCUAUUCGCAUCCCCGUAGCAUGUCCCGUGCGUCUGUGCGUGAUGACGACGAGGAUGUACCGCACCGUGCUGCAUCCGUUUCGGGCCACCAAGGCGACAAGACUGCAGAACGCAUCACUCAACUCCAACUCAAGAGCAAGAUGAUGGAACGCGGCACGUUUAAAUUGUUUGAGGAUCUCAAGGGUGGGAUUAUCAUUCUCGAAACACUGGAGAAGAUUACACCUGAGACAAAGGUCAAGGCACCCGCGAGUCGAGUCGGCAGUCGGCCAUCGAGCCCUCCAGGAGUCCGCAGACAUGAGACGACGCCAAUGGCCUUGCCAUACAAAGUGCCGGCACCCAAACGCACACUGUCGAAUCCCGACCCUCGACCGGUGAUCAUCGGUGCAAAGGAGAAACAACCCAUCCGACCUGUGCCAGCAGCCAAAGAAGCACCGAUGAAACCCAGUCCACCACCCCUCAUCAUCCCAGGCAAGGAUCUCGUUACGAGCCCCGUCCAGGUUGCCAACUAUGGCAUCGACGAGGGUAUCAUUGCGCAGCGCAGAGCGCUUCUUUACUCAAUCAAGAGCCGCGGUUAA